AGUCCAUUUCGGGAGUCGAGCCGGUCAUUCUCUGACGUGCCCGGAACAUGCAUUUUGGCGCAAAGCAGAUGUGGAAUUCAUUCGCGUUUUAUUAACAGAUUGUUUAGGCUAUUUGUUGUUGUUGUGAGUUUUCCCCCACCAAGUCCUUUUCUUGCAACAAAAGAGACAGUCUACAAGAUCCUUACAAUUUAAAAAACUACAAAAUGGCACUUCAGAAUAAAAUCCUUCAAUUGAGCUGCAGGAGUGUUUUGGGAGAAAUGCUCAAUAAGAGGUUUGUAAGUAAUUCUCCCGCGCUGCUCAAAUCUGCAACCAGCGAGUCGCUCCGGAUCUCUGCGACCCGAGAAGAGACUUUCCCGGACGGUUUGAUCACACCGGGGGCCAGGGUGGAGGUGGUCGCUAAGGAGACCCGGAUCAAGAGUCUGAAAGAGAUGCCGGGACCCAGCGCCAUCAGCAACCUGAUCGAGUUCUUUUACCGGGACGGUUUCAGUAGAAUCCACGAAAUUCAGAUGGAACACUCUCAGAAGUAUGGGAAGAUUUUUAAGUCUCGUUUCGGCCCCCAGCUGGUCGUGUCCAUCGCAGGGCGGGAUCUGGUUGCCGAGGUGCUGAGGACGGAGGGUGUGGCCCCGCAGAGAGGCAACAUGGAGUCUUGGAAGGAGUACCGCGACCUGAGGGGCCGAUCUACCGGACUUAUCUCGGCGGAGGGUGAGGACUGGUUGAAGAUGCGUAGCAUCCUCCGUCAGCUGAUCAUGAGACCGAAGGACGUGGCUCAGUUCUCUGACGAUGUGAAUGCUGUGGUGGAUGACCUGGUGAAGAGGGUGGAGACGCUGAGGAGCCAGCAGACAGACGGACUCACUGUACUCAAUAUUAACGAUCUGUUUUUCAAAUACGCAAUGGAAGGUAUGGCAGCCAUCUUGUACGAGGACCGUCUGGGCUGCUUGGAGAAUGAGAUUCCUCAGAAGAGCCAGGACUACAUCGCAGCCCUGCACCUGAUGUUUAGUUCCUUUAAAAUGACCAUGUACGCCGGGGCCAUCCCCAAGUGGCUCAGAACCAUCAUCCCCAGGCCCUGGGAGGAGUUCUGCAGCUCCUGGGACGGACUCUUCAGCUUCAGCCAGAUCCAUGUGGAUAAGCGUCUGGGGGAGAUCCAGGAUCUGGUGUCCCGAGGAGAGACGGUGAAGGGGGGGCUUUUAACUCACAUGCUGGUGACCCGAGAGAUGAACCUGGAGGAGAUCUACGCUAACAUGACUGAGAUGUUACUGGCUGGGGUGGACACGACAUCAUUCACCCUGUCCUGGGCCUGUUACCUCUUGGCCCGUCACCCUGAGGUCCAGCAGGAGAUCUACGAGGAGGUGACGAGGACUCUGGGACACGGGACCAUCCCCACCGCUGAUGACGUCCCCCGUCUACCCCUCAUCAGAGGACUAGUGAAGGAGACACUAAGAAUGUUUCCUGUUCUGCCGGGCAAUGGGCGUGUUACCCAGGAUGACUUGGUGGUCGGUGGUUACUUCAUCCCCAAAGGGACCCAGUUGGCUCUAUGUCACUACUCCACCUCCAUGGACGAGGAGAAUUUCCCCGGAGCGGAUAACUUCCGUCCCGACCGCUGGAUCAGGAAGGACGCUACGGACCGGGUGGAUAACUUCGGCUCCAUCCCGUUCGGCUACGGCAUCAGGAGCUGCAUCGGCAGGAGGAUAGCUGAGCUGGAGAUGCACCUGGCUCUGACACAGCUGAUCCAGAGGUUCCAGAUUGGGAUGUGUCCCGUCACAGAAGAAAUCAAAGCCAAAACUCACGGCCUCCUCUGUCCUGCUGCGCCCAUCAACCUGCAGUUCGCUGACAGACAACCCUAGACCAAAACCCACGGCCUCCUCAUCAACCUGCUGACAGACAACCCUAGACAAACCCACGGCCUCCUCUGGCCUGCUGCGUCCAUCAACCCGCUGACAGACAACCCUAGACCAAAACCCACGGCCUCCUCUGUCCUGCUGCGUCCAUCAACCUGCUGACAGACAACCCUAGACCAAACCCACGGCCUCCUCUGUCCUGCUGCGUCCAUCAACCUGCUGACAGACAACCCUAGACAAACCCACGGCCUCCUCUGUCCUGCUGCGUCCAUCAACCUGCUGACAGACAACCCUAGACAGAUACACUGUUUAACUCCUUUCUGUAAAAGGUCUCCUGGACACAACCAGCACAUCUUAUCUCUCUAGUGUGGCGGUAAAUGGGGGAAUAACUGACAGACCGUCAUAAAGCAGGUUUAUAGUCCGUCCGGACACGUCUGUAGGGGAAUAACUGACAAGACAACCAUAAAGCAAGUUUAUAGUCCGUCCAGCCACGUCUGUAGGGGAAUAACUGACAAGACAACCACAAGGCAGGUUUAUAGUCCGUCCGGCCACGUCUGUAGGGGAAUAACUGACAAGACAACCACAAGGCAGGUUUAUAGUCCGUCCGGCCACGUCUGUAGGGGAAUAACUGACAAGACAACCAUAAGGCAGGUUUAUAGUCCGUCCGGCCACGUCUGUAGGGGAAUAACUGACAAGACAACCACAAGGCAGGUUUAUAGUCCGUCCGGACACGUCUGUAGGGGAAUAACUGACAAGACAACCAUAAGGCAGGUUUAUAGUCCGUCCGGCCACGUCUGUAGGGGAAUAACUGACAAGACAACCAUAAGGCAGGUUUAUAGUCCGUCCGGCCACGUCUGUAGGGGAAUAACUGACAAGACAACCAUAAAGCAGGUUUAUAGUCCGUCCGGACAUGUCUGUAGGUGAAUAACUGACAAGACAACCAUAAAGCAGGUUUAUAGUCCGUCCGGCCACGUCUGUAGGGGAAUAACUGACAAGACAACCAUAAAGCAGGUUUAUAGUCCGUCCGGCCACGUCUGUAGGGGAAUAACUGACAAGACAACCAUAAAGCAGGUUUAUAGUCCGUCCGGCCACGUCUGUAGGGGAAUAACUGACAAGACGACCAUAAAGCAGGUUUAUAGUCCGUCCGGACACGUCUGUGGGGUAAUAACUGACAAGACGACCAUAAGGCAGGUUUAUAGUCCGUCCAGCCACGUCUGUAGGGGAAUAACUGACAAGACGACCAUAAGGCAGGUUUAUAGUCCGUCCCGGACACGUCUGUAGGGGAAUAACUGACAAGACGACCAUAAGGCAGGUUUAUAGUCCGUCCAGCCACGUCUGUAGGGGAAUAACUGACAAGACGACCAUAAGGCAGGUUUAUAGUCCGUCCCGGACACGUCUGUAGGGGAAUAACUGACAAGACAACCAUAAAGCAGGUUUAUAGUCCGUCCAGCCACGUCUGUAGGGGAAUAACUGACAAGACAACCAUAAAGCAGGUUUAUAGUCCGUCCGGACACGUCUGUAGGGGAAUAACUGACAAGACAACCAUAAAGCAGGUUUAUAGUCCGUCCGGACACGUCUGUAGGGGAAUAACUGACAAGACAACCAUAAAGCAGGUUUAUAGUCCGUCCAGCCACGUCUGUAGGGGAAUAACUGACAAGACAACCAUAAAGCAGGUUUAUAGUCCGUCCGGACACGUCUGUAGGGGAAUAACUGACAAGACGACCAUAAGGCAGGUUUAUAGUCCGUCCAGCCACGUCUGUAGACCAUUAGAAGGCGACAAGUGUCUUUUGGCUAAAUCGACAUUACAUUGACCCUGUCACUGCUUAAAGAAGUUCACAAUCUCAGACAGAAUUCAUUAUUUAAAAUAUUUUUUUGUCACAUUCACAACCGUAAGUCAGCUAUUUUGAAGCGGGGGGGGGAGGGUUUAUGUCAUACAUCGUGAUCGUUUCAGAAUGGGAGGAUAAUGGCAGCCAUUUUGGUGAAGGAGGAACCAGAACCAGUUGAAUUGGGGCUCAUUGGCAGAACAGGCAAAAGGUGACGCAGUUUCUGCUUUAACUGUUACACUUUGGCAUGCGAUGUAUCAUACGUUGUUUUUUUAAGAGAAUUAUUGUCAUAUACUUUCUACAUGUUUUAUACCAUUCUAUACCCAGAUGCUAUUGUUCUGUGUAAACAGCCUCUAAGAUACAGACCAUAAAUAUCAGCUUUUUUAAAAUAUAUAUACAAUAUCAAUACUUGUUUCAUUUACAACUUGUCUAAGUCCUGUCAUCAGGACAGUGUCUGGCUGUGGAUUGGCUGCAUUGUUUGAAUGGAAUGUUGGCAUAUUGGCAGUUAAUUUAAAAAAAAUCUAAAUCUAUGAAUUGUUCCUCUAAAAGUGGCUAGCUAGCUAACCAACAAACUGUGCAGUUAUAUCUACAAAUGCAUUUCUUUUACAGAGUAUUUUCAUUUGUUAUUUGGAUUAAAGUGUUCCUUUACCGAAGAUGGAUGAUUUUUUAUAAAGUUGUUAUGAUGAAUUAAAGUUGGUUAUAGUCAAAACGUUGUCAGAUAUGUGCGGGUCAUUUUGAAAUGGCUAACAAGCUAACAACUAACAAGCUAACAACUAACCAAAACCAUUGUUUAGAAUGUUGCUUUUAGUUGCCUGGCUUGUUAGAUUGACGUUAUCCGAAAUAUAUAUAUUUUUUAAUGGAUGGGUUUAUUUGGUGUUUAAAAUAUAGCAGCUAUGCCAUUUCAAGCAGAGACUAGAAUAACCUGUCUGUAUAGGCUAUAAAUGAGCACACAGAAACUAACCCAGUGCACUUCUUCAAAUCUCUUACAAUCCUAUACGCUCAAAAGGUAUUUUUUUUUUUUUUGGGCUGACUGACCUUGAAUUGUUCAAAUUUGUUAUGAGGUUUCUUCCUGGACUUGUUUUCUGGUCAUGUGAGCGAAAGAGAGAGAGAGAGAGUGUGACGAUUGUUUUAUACUGUAUGUAGGAAGCACUACAGAGACCGUAUUUAAAGAAAGGAUUGAAAUGGAGAGCGGGGCUUGUCGAAGGGCAGAGCGUACGUACCGUAGGUCCUUCUGUUUGAUGAGGAAGAAUGUAUUGUUUUUUAAAUAGAGAUUCCAGAUCUGGAAAUCGAAUGGAAAGGUAUUUGAACGUGUCAUGUUGUUUUGGCCUCGUACUGCUCUGAGCAGUGGAACGAGUCGGAAGACAAAAGGUGCUAGGUCUAACUGAGUCUCCAUGUUUACUUGUGAGGAAGAGAAUUGGAUGUUCAUCUUUGAUUAGUAGGCUAAAUGCCUGACCAGUUUCUAUAAAUUCCUGUCACGUUAACUAAUUGAGAUGGUGGUUCCAUGUCCUAGAAUAAAGUCACUUCCUGUUGAAUUCCGUA